AUGGAUCUUGAUAGAGAUUUUUUCCUGCUAAGGUUCUUGGUCGUUGAGGAUCUUGAAGUGGUUCUUAAGAAAGGACCUUGGUUUGUUGUGGGCCAUUUCCUAUCCAUUCGAAGAUGGGAAGCAAACUUCCAGCCAUCGGAAGCAGUAGUUUCUUCAGUGGCGGUGUGGAUCAGGCUUAAUGAACCGCCUAUAGAGUAUUAUGACGCUACAGUGCUUAGGCAGAUUGGGCAGCCCUUAGGGACAGUUUUAAGGGUGGACACGCAUACUGCCUUGGAAGCCAGAGGACGAUAUGCGUGUAUAUGCGUUCAGGUGGACAUGAGCAAACCUUUGGUUACCAAUGUGAGAAUAGGCCAGCAAUGUCAAUCCAUUGUUUAUAAGGGGGUAAACCAACUGUGCUUUGCUUGUGGUUGCUUAGGCCACCGGCGAGAGUCCUGUCAAUUCACUGUCAAGCCUUACUCACCGAUGGGUCCACAAGAUGUCUCUGUUUCCAAUAAUGAUGACAAAGGGAACCAGGCGCCAACAUCACUUGAGGCGCAAACCAAGGCUUCACCCGGGAAUCGAGACACCUUGGAAGAGGAGUCCAGCAGUGUUGCUUUUGGCCCUUGGAUGGUAGUUUCACGAAAAAGGAAAGAGUCUAGACUGGGAAAAAAAGUAGUAGCAACCAUGUAG